AACGCAGGUUUCAGCAGCGAAGAAGAACAACUUCCGUAAAUCACCGAAACMCUAGGGCGUUAGCUCGAAGCUAACUUAACAUCGACAUUGUUUUAAUGAUUGAACUCUGUUCACUCGCUGUGGCAAUGAAGAAGUACUGACCUCGUUGGUCCGUUAAACGUUUUGCGGCUGGUCUGACGGAGAAGUGGCAGUCAUGUAUGCCUCAGGGAAGUACAGCUCCCGGGGCCCUGCUCUAAUCCCGCGUAUGAAAACCAAGCACCGCAUAUACUACAUCACCCUCUUCUCCGUUGUGCUCCUUGGACUGAUCGCCACUGGGAUGUUUCAGUUUUGGCCUCACUCCAUUGAGUCCACGACUGAAUGGACACUUGAAAAGGGCAGUGUCCAUGAUGCACCUCUAAUCCGACUGCCUGGAUCCAGUCCCAUACCUGAGAGGGGUGACCUAAGUUGCCGGAUGCACACCUGUUUUGAUGUAUAUAGAUGUGGCUACAAUCCUAAGAACAGAAUUAAGGUCUACAUCUAUCCUCUUCAGCGSUUUGUGGAUGAGCUAGGGGUUCCCAUCAGCAGCACUGGAUUGUCACGGGAAUACAACGACUUGCUCAGCGCAAUCUCUGACAGCGACUUUUACACAGAUGAUGUCACCAGGGCUUGUCUUUUUAUCCCAUCUAUUGACGUCCUUAAUCAAAACUCCCUUCGUAUCAGAGAGACUGCUCAAGCUCUGGCAAUGUUACCCAGAUGGGACAAGGGGAUGAAUCAUUUACUUUUCAACAUGUUACCUGGAGGCCCUCCUGACUACAACACUGCGUUGGAUGUGCCAAGAGAUCGAGCACUUUUGGCUGGAGGCGGUUUCUCCACAUGGACCUACAGACAGGGUUAUGAUGUCGGCAUCCCAGUAUACAGUCCCCUCUCUGCCGAUGUUGUACUGCCUGAAAGACAGCCUGGGCCACGGCGCUACUUCAUUUUGUCCUCUCAAACUGCCAUUCACCGAGAGUACCGCGCCGAGCUGGAGCGUUUGAAGGAAGAAAAUGGUGAAUCCCUGCUCCUACUGGACAAGUGUAGCAAUCUCUCCCAGGGUGCUGCCUUGGCCCGAAAGCGCUGUUACAAAGGACAGGUGUACGACUACCCCCAGAUCCUGCAGGAGUCGUCUUUCUGUGUUGUUUUGCGAGGGGCUCGUUUGGGUCAGGCUGCCCUCAGUGAUGUUCUGCAGGCUGGUUGUGUCCCCGUCAUCCUGGCUGACUCCUACAUUCUGCCGUUCUCGGAAGUACUCGACUGGAAAAGGGCUUCGGUGGUCAUUCCGGAGGAGAAAUUAUCUGAGAUGUACACCAUCUUGAAGAGCAUUCCUCACAGACAAGUUGAAGAAAUGCAGAGACAGGCUCACUGGUUCUGGGAGGCCUACUUCAGCUCCAUGAAGGCUAUUGGUUUGACGACUCUGCAGAUCAUCAAUGACCGAAUUUACCCAUAUGCUGCUCGUACUUAUGAGCAGUGGAACAAUCCACCUGUUGUGAAAUGGUCCAGUGUGAACAGCCCUCUGUUCCUGCCACUUAUCCCACCUCGGGCUCCCGGGUUCACCGCAGUGAUACUGACCUACGAUCGAGUUGAGAGUCURUUCCGCGUCAUCACCGAAAUCUCCAAGGUGCCUAGCUUGGCUAAGCUGUUGGUGGUUUGGAAUAAUCAGAACAAGAGUCCUCCCGAGGAGUCUCUUUGGCCAAAAGUCGGUGUUCCUCUGAAAGUUGUGCGCACCAAAGAYAACAAACUGAGUAACCGUUUUUUCCCCUACGAUGAGAUUGAGACAGAAGCUGUGCUCGCCAUUGAUGAUGACAUCAUCAUGCUAACAUCUGAUGAACUGCAGUUUGGUUACGAGGUGUGGCGAGAGUUCCCCGACAGGCUGGUGGGCUACCCGGGGCGAUUGCACCUCUGGGACCAUGAAAUGGGGAAGUGGAAGUACGAGUCAGAGUGGACCAAUGAGGUUUCCAUGGUUCUAACAGGAGCUGCUUUUUACCACAAGUACUUCAAUUACUUGUACACAUACAAAAUGCCAGGGGACAUCAAGAACUGGGUGGAUGCUCAUAUGAACUGUGAAGAUAUUGCAAUGAACUUCCUGGUGGCUAACAUCACAGGAAAAGCCCCCAUAAAGGUGACCCCAAGGAAAAAGUUCAAGUGUCCUGAAUGUACUGCCAUUGAUGGACUGUCCUUAGAUCAGACACACAUGGUGGAGAGGUCUGAGUGCAUCAACAAGUUUGCAUCGGUUUUUGGAACGAUGCCUUUGAAAGUGGUGGAACACCGUGCAGAUCCUGUCCUCUACAAAGACGACUUUCCAGAGAAGCUGAAGAGCUUCCCCAACAUCGGCAGCCUCUGACCAGCCUGCAGKAGAAGUAUGGACACUCUCACAGCCUCAGCACUUCAUAUCUGGUCACUGACACGAUCUUUCACGUCAACAUCGGUACUGAGACUAUAAAUUGUACAURAAGCGACAUUUAGAUUUCAGCCUGGAAUUUCACUUAAAUUAUAGCUUAGUCUUGAAUUUUCAGGUAAUGUUUGUGAUGAUACUGUUACGUGAAAAAUGUGAGGUAAUUAAAAAGGCGUUUUAUAAACACUGAUGUUACAAGAAGUGUAGAAGAGGGUCAUCCAGAGUUCGAUAAUCCCUGAGCGCUCUUAGUGUUUCGGAGCUGACCACUUGAGACUCCAGCUGCUCUGGAUUCAGUGUCCAUGUUGUACAUAUUUAUAUUUUGCAGCAGUGCUGUACGAUGGUCCUAAUUUAUGACUCUCCGACACUUUUUUUUACUCCUUUUUUUGUUCUCUUCAAAAGCRGACAUAAACCUGAUUUAAUUUUUUAGCUGUAUUAUAUAAAAGGACGACAGUAAAAAUAGAUGAAUGAUGACUCUGACAUAUCUAUGUAGGCUUUAUUCACACAGUGAUUGAUUGUGAUGACUCACAGAUGUUGUGCUGUGAAUGCUCUCUGUUACACAAUCACAUUUGAACUAUUACACAAAUCUGGUAUCAUAAAUCUAAUAUUUAYUGUGAGUAACUGCUGAUUUUUGACAAAAAAAAUAUCUGAGCUACUGGAUUUUUUUUUUUAAAUGUACUUUUUUAUACAGCCUGAGAAAGUAUUUUGUUGUAUUUAUAUCUCUAUAUGCAUAAGAUAAGUAAUUAUGUUGCUCGAWGCAUCUCCCUGAGUCAUUUCAGUUACGAGCACUUCAUCAGCGUACUGCCUUACAUCUGACCAUAUGUUGAGUUUUUAAAUAGAAAAUUCAGAAUUUCUUUUGUAUAGAUUGUUUUUUGUACUUGUGAUUUCCAGUUUUAUGCUUUUUGUCACCAUUCAUUUCAUGUCCAGUAUUUAGACUGUAAUAAUGAGCAGUGUGCAGUCUUUAAAAUGCAAUAUUGCCUUGUGGUGUUUUUUUAAAAAAWAUAUAUAUAUAAUUUUCACAUUAUCUGUGAAUUGUCUUUCAAUUUAAAAUAAGAUCAUGCAUCAAGUUGUAAAUAAGAAAGUAAAGACGAUAUUAACAUGUCUCUA